UCCUGUACAGUUGGGAGCUAGGAGUAACGAACACAAACAUGGCUGGUUUAAGGAUGAUCUUCAUCCUUCCUCUUUUCCUCGUCAUAGCGGCAUCAACGCAAGCGGACUCCUUGCAAUGCUACCAGUGUGAAGACUGUGAAGCAAAAGAGAUCUAUGAGAAUUCUUUAAAGACAUGCCCACUACCAGCGCCGGCCCCAAAACCCGCAGCAAAGGAUGUAGCGGAGGUAACUGGCGAAGAGAACACAAAGCCCAUAGUAGAAGAAAAUAAGGUGACAGAUAACGUGGUGGACAAAAAGACCGAAGCGCCUACAAACACCGCAGCAGAUGCAGUGACUGAAGUUAAUAGAAAGGUUGAAAAGGAAACAAACGCCGCAGAGGGUAAAGCAGUCAAAGAGGAAACAAACGUCGAAACUGUGGCAAAAGUGGACCCAGCUACCACAAAGCAAGUAGACGCCACAAUGAACACAGAAAAGUCAAGCAGAAGGAGGAGGGCGACUGCAGCUGAACCGAAGAUCGCAAAGUGUGUGAAAGUCGUCUUUGAAGAUGGCGAGAAAACAAGAAUCAAUCGAGGGUGUUCGUAUGAAAUCCAAAGUGUCGAUGACAAAACAAGAUGUGCAACCCAAAACAAAGACACGGCGAAACUAGACCUAAUAGAUUGCCAAGUUUGUGAAGAAGAUAAUUGUAAUUCCGCUAUGAAAUUCACGGUAGCAUCUAUACCCAUUGUGAUGGGCUUAGUCCUUAAUUUUGUUUAGGUGUUAAUACAUUCCCAGGGCUUCUAUUCGCUAUGAAAUGUAAAAAAAAAAAACAAAAGAAAAAAAAAACCGACUUCAAAUACCACAAACACUAAAAAGUAAAAAAUAACUUUUGUUUAGCUACACGUG